AUGGUCCCCUCUGCGGUGCGGAGCCUGGCCCUGGGUGACAGUGGUACAGGUGAUCUGGUGGUCACAUGGUCUCCAGCGCUGGGGGACGUUGAUCACUACGAGGUUCAGAUCCUCUUCAACGACACACGGGUUUACCCGCCCGUAACCCUGGGCAACGAGGCCCGUGACCACCGCCUGGCCUCGCUCACCCGCCUGUACAAGAUGGUGGUGUCCACCUUCAGUGGACCCAACCAGAGACCUCAGUUCAUCGAGGGCAGGACAGUCCCCAGCCAGGUGAGGAACCUCCAUGCCCGGCCAGGGGAGCAGGCUGCCAGCCUGAGGGUGUCCUGGACCCCUGGUGAUGGAGACGUGGACAUGUACACCGUGUCCCUAUCCCAGGGAUCACACCUUCUGGAGACCAGACCUGUCCCCAAACACGUCACUGAGCUGGACUUUCAGGGUCUGGUACCAGGACAGCUGUACGGGGUCGAGGUUCAGUCCCUGAGUGGAAUACUGGUCAAUAAUUCAACAACUACUGGACGAACAGUCCCCUCCACAGUGACAGCGCUCCAGGCAGACAGUGACCACACCACCCACAGUCUAACAGUGACCUGGGAGACUACAGUGGGAGUGUACGAGGGUUACAAGAUCCAGCUCCUGGAUGAUGGACGUGACAUAGUCUCUAAUAUUUCCAUGCCCCAGGGCUCCACCAGGCACCUCUUCGACCAGCUCACCCCUGGGAAGUGGUACCGAGUUCGGGUCGUAUCCGUCAGUGGAGGGAUCUAUGGCAAGGAGGCCGUGGCUGAGGGACAAACACGUCCAGCUGCAGUCAACGGUCUGACGGUGAUGACUGCCAACACCAGCGGUCUGAGUUUCAUCUGGCGCCCGUCCGAGGGCUACGUGGACGGAUACGACCUGUUCCUGUAUAACGUUGACGAGACGUUGCGUGGCCGUCAGACCGUGGAGGCCGGAACCCAGAAGUGCUCCUUCUCUGGUCUGGUCCCAGGGACGCUGUACAAGAUGGAGGUGGUGAGCAGGAGCAGAGGCAUGAGCAGUGACUCAUCUAUCCUAGCACGGACAGUCCCAGCCCCAGUGCGCUCUCUCCACGUCCAGGGUGGUAAGCGUACUGACCGUCUCUCCAUCAGCUGGCUGCCUGGGGCAGGGGAGUGGAGUGGGUACCAAGUGGUCCUGUACGGUGGCCUGGAGGGCUCAACCACUACCCUGGCCGCCCAGGAGCUGGGCAUGGAGCAGAGAGAACACCUGUUCCAGGGACUGGUACCUGGCCGUGUGUACCGGGCUGAGGUGGUCACACACAGUGGAGAGCUGACUAAUGCUGUGUCUGCAAAGGGAAGGACGGCCCCAGAGCCUCCCUCCAUGGUAUCCUUCAGGGACAUCAGUGGCAACAGCUCUGUAGAACUGACCUGGGAUGGUCCCGCCUCCGGUGACUACGACACCUUUGACCUCCAAUGGGCUCCCAGAGAUUCCCUGUCAAUCACAGCGCCUCAGCCAACCAGCCGCAUCCUGGAUGGGAUGUUCCCGGGACGACUGUACAACUUCACCAUCCGCACUGUCAGUGGGGGAGGAGUCAAGGGCGGGCCUAUCGCCAACAGCCAGCCAAUCCAGAGGAGCCUCAGAACAAGUAGGUGGAGCCUAUGAGAGAGGGAU